CAACUUCAGUUUUUCUUUCCAGGUUACGAGGUCGAACGGUGACCGAGAGUGCAAAGUCCCUCUCGGUAUGGAAAACGGCAACAUCCAUAAUGAUCAAUUAUCAGCCUCAUCGCAAUUUUUUGCUCACGGCGUCACCCGAGGUAGAUUAAAUCUUCUGUCAUCCCCGGGAGCCUGGGUGUGCCGUACGGUCGAUCGUUAUCAGUGGCUCCAAGUGGACCUACGCAGUCAGGACAUAAGAGUGACAGGCCUGGCUACACAAGGAAGGAAUGAUUGGAAUCAGUGGGUGAUUCAGUACAACGUACAGUACAGUUAUGAUGGAGAUGAUUUUAAGUACUACACGGAAAACGGGCAAUCGCCCAAGGAAUUUUCUGGAAAUGUGGACCGUAAUACAGUUGUUUAUCAUGACCUAGUCCCACCAAUUAGAGCGCGGUACAUCCGUUUCCGACCCUCCGUCUGGCGUGACCGUGUGUCAAUGAGAGUGGAACUUUACACCUGUAUUGAAGAGAAAAAUGAGUGCACCGCACCAGCUGUUGGUAUAGAGACGGGUGAAAUUCUGGAUUCUCAACUGUCUGCCUCAUCUGGAGAUCCGUCAAACGCUCGCUUGAACGGAGCAAAGACCUGGUGCAGAACAUGGCCAGGCAGUGAGAGCGAGAAUGUUUAUGUUCAGAUUGAUUUCGGCCGAUCUUACCGUAUUUGCGCAGUUGCCACUCAAGGAGAUCACCCUGGAAGUCAUAGUUAUUUGGAAGAAUACAAACUGAGAUGGUCUCACGAUGGUGUUAAAUGGGAGGAAUCUCCAGAGGUUUUAGAAGGAAAUAGCAACAGGCAUGAAGUGAAAAAGAACAUCAUCCCAGUGAUUCAAGCUCGGUAUGUUCGCCUUAUACCGUUGAAAUGGCAUAACUGGACUUGUGCAAGAAUGGAGUUUUAUGGAGAGCCUUGGCCAGAAGUCUUGGAGGCGUUGUUCAUGCCAAGAUUCGGUCCGGAUAAAGUGCCAGCUGGUCAAGUGAUUACAUCACGAAGUGUCUCUGACGUCAUGCAAUGCAUGAAGUUAUGCUUGGUAACCGAUCAGUGCCAGUCGCUUAAUUUUAGCAGCAGUCUGAAGAAAUGUGAAGUUAGCCGUUCUAAAAGUGAGAUGUCCAGUAUCGAAGAUCGGGAAGGAUUUCAGUAUUACGAGAUCGUUGCUGUUGAAGUCAUUUCCAUGUAAUUAAAUCAAAAUAAUUCCACGCUUGAUUUGGCAGUAAUAGUAGAUUUACGACAGAAGUAAUGUUGCAAGUCGCAUCCCUCGUCAACAGCUCGAAAUGUACAACAUACUCAGUGGCUCGCGACAGUGACUCAGUCCAUUGUAAAUUAAGCGAGAUCACCACGAACAACGGCCGUGACUUAAUUAUAGACCCCUCAAUCAAAAUGACGAACGGAAUGAAAAAGUUACCAAGCAUGCAUUGUCUAAGUAACAAGUGCUGAAAAUUGCAAGCCAGUAGAAAUUGAAAGAUCAGGGAACUGGUAUUCUGAAAGUACUUAUAUUUUACAAGAUUGUUCACGAAACGAGCGCUACAGGGCACCCUCAACCAAACACCUUCCCUUUUCACGACAAUGCUCCUGGUUACUGAAACCUUUUCCCGGCUGACAGGUGUUUCGUAGUACACGGGGGUACUAUGGUGCAGGGACAAUUAGAGAAGCGUAUUUUGCACCACGUACUACAAUUGAACCAAUCAGUAAGCCAGAUUAGCAUCCAAGAUGGCGAUUAUCAUGCUGUCACGCGCAAAGAUUGCAGAAUG